UAGCCUAGGCAGCUACAGCGGCGGCGGCGCAGGGGUUGGUACGCGCUGGGCGGCGAGAGCCUCAUGGCGGAGGAAGAGAGCGACCAGGAGGCCGAGCGCCUCGGAGAAGAGCUCGUGGCCAUUGUGGAGUCGCCGCCGGGCCCCAUAGGGCUUAGAGCUUUGGGCGACGGCAGAGGUGGCGCUGGUGGCGGCAGCUGUGGCGGCGGCGACGGCGUCGGGAUCAGCAGUCGGGAUUAUUGCCGACGCUUCUGUCAGGUGGUUGAAGAUUAUGCUGGAAGAUGGCAGGUCCCAUUGCCACAACUUCAGGUUCUUCAGACUGCACUUUGUUGUUUUACGUCAGCCAGUGCAUCAUUCCCAGAUGAAUGUGAGCACGUACAAUAUGUUUUGAGUAGUCUUGCUGUGAGUUUCUUUGAGUUGCUGCUGUUCUUUGGAAGAGAUGAGUUCUAUGAAGAGCCCUUAAAGGAUAUUCUUGGAUCAUUCCAGGAAUGCCAGAAUCACCUCCGCAGAUAUGGAAAUGUGAAUCUGGAACUGGUGACUCGAAUCAUUAGAGAUGGUGGCCCAUGGGAAGAUCCAGUGUUGCAAGCUGUUCUUAAAGCCCAGCCAGCAUCUCAGGAGAUAGUGAACAAAUAUUUAAGUUCUGAAAAUCCACUGUUCUUUGAACUACGUGCCAGAUACCUAAUUGCUUGUGAACGCAUACCUGAAGCAAUGGCUCUUAUUAAAUCUUGUAUAAAUCACCCAGAAAUCAGUAAAGACUUGUACUUCCAUCAAGCAUUCUUCACAUGUUUAUUUAUGUCACCUGUGGAAGACCAGCUAUUCCGUGAGCAUUUGUUGAAAACUGACUGUAAGAGUGGAAUUGAUAUCAUCUGUAACGCUGAAAAAGAAGGCAAGACUAUGUUAGCUUUGCAACUGUGUGAAUCCUUUCUUAUUCCACAGCUCCAGAAUGGUGAUAUGUACUGUAUCUGGGAGUUGAUUUUCAUAUGGAGUAAACUACAGCUUAAAUCUAAUCCUUCAAAACAAGUUUUUGUAGAUCAAUGCUACCAGCUUUUAAGAACAGCAACUAAUGUGAGAGUCAUAUUUCCUUUCAUGAAAAUCAUUAAAGAUGAGGUUGAAGAAGAAGGCUUGCAAAUUUGUGUUGAAAUUUGUGGUUGUGCUCUACAACUUGACCUUCAUGAUGAUCCUAAGACUAAAUGUCUAAUUUAUAAAACAAUUGCACAUUUUUUGCCAAAUGAUUUGGAGAUCCUCAGGAUUUGCGCACUCUCAAUAUUUUUUCUUGAGCGUUCCUUAGAAGCUUAUCAUACUGUUGAAGAGCUUUACAAACGUCCAGAUGAAGAAUAUAAUGAAGGCACAAGUAGUGUUCAAAAUCGUGUUCGUUUUGAAUUACUUCCAAUUUUGAAAAAGGGAUUGUUUUUUGAUCCUGAAUUUUGGAACUUUGUAAUGAUUAAGAAAAACUGUGUGGCAUUACUGAGUGAUAAAUCAGCAGUUAGAUUUCUAAAUGAAAGUACACUGGAAAAUUCUAUAGGUAAUCUAAAAAAGACAACGGAACAGCAAAGUUUAGAUGAAGGGCUCGACUCUCUUACAGAUCAGAGUACUGGAGAGACUGAUGCUGAUGAUCUAUCUGGAGUGCAACCUAGAGGUCAUAUUAAUACAAAGAAAAACCUUACAGCUCUUAAUAGUUCCAAAGUGGAUCACAAUGUUCCUAGGCAUCGGUGUAUGCUAUGCAACAAGGAAUUUCUUGGUGGUCACAUUGUAAGGCAUGCCCAAGCUCAUCAGAAGAAAGGCAGUUUUUCAUGUGUAAUAUGUGGUAGGAAAUUUAGAAACAGAGGACUUAUGCAGAAGCAUUUGAAGAAUCAUGUUAAGAAGAUACAGAGACAGCAAAUUGCUGCAGCUCAACAGGAUGAUCAGGAAAUCACUGCUUUAGAGGAAAUAAAUUAUUCCAGUCCUUCCAUGUCAUUUGAAAAUGGAAAUACUGAUAACAUGGAUUUGGAAGUAGGGACUCUGACUGCUGCCAGUGAUGGAAACAAAGAAGUCAUUCCUGAGCAUGUGGCUGAAUUCAUUGAAAUUCCCCUAGGUGUACCAGAAGAAGUGAUUGAAAACAUUAUUGAAAAUGGCAAUCCUGAUACUUCUUUAAAUGUUUCAGAGCCUUUACCUCAAUGUGAGGAUGACUACGGGGAGGAAGAAGAUGAGGAAGGUGAUUAUGAAGAUGAUGAUUAUGACCUGAAUCAAGAAACUUCAGUACUUCAUAAAAUCAAUGGAACUGUGUGCCAUCCGAAAGACAUAUAUGCUACAGAUCAAGAAGGAAACUUUAAGUGCCCUGCUCUAGGCUGUGUCAGGAUAUUUAAAAAAAUUGGAUUUCUAAACACACAUGCAAGAACUGUACAUCCAACUGACUUAAAUGUGCGACAAACAGUAAUGAAGUGGAGCAAAGGAAAAUGCAAAUUUUGCCAAAGGCAAUUUGAAGAUUCUCAACAUUUUAUAGAUCACCUUAAUAGACACAGCUAUCCAAAUGUGUACUUUUGUUUGCAUUUUAAUUGCAAUGAGUCAUUUAAGCUGCCAUUCCAACUUGCCCAACACACAAAAAGUCACAGGAUAUUUCAAGCUCAGUGUAGUUUUCCAGAAUGCCAUGAGCUUUUUGAAGAUCUUCCUCUGCUAUAUGAACAUGAGGCUCAGCAUUAUUUAAGUAAAACACCAGAAUCAUCUGUACAACCAAGUGAAGCAGUUCUUUUGGAUGUUCAUACAGAUUCAAAUUCUAAUCAUCUGGAGAAAGACUCAUCUAGUAAUGAGAAACAAACUGUUAGUUUGCCAGUUUCUACUAGCAAAUCAAGGAAAGAUUCUACAGAACCAAAGACAUGUAUAGAAAGUAUGGAAAACAAAUCAGACAGUUUAGUCCAGAAUGGAAAUGAACAUUCUGAUGACACUGUUUCAGAUAUAAGCUUGAUAGACCAAAAGAUGCCUGACAUAGAGCCAAAUUCUGAAACUAGUUGUAGUAUUAGUGAUUUAGUCAAUGGACACAGUGAAAUAGAGCAAACACCUCUAGUUUCAUCAGAUCCUGCUUUGAAAACUGAUGCAAACAGAAUCAGGACAGAAAAUGGUUCUAUUUUACCCUCUGUUGUACCACAAGAACAUACCCUGCCAGUAACUCAGGCACCAUCCAAACCAAAUCUUGCAAGUGAACAUACUUCAUAUGGCUUAAUUUUAACAAAGCCAUAUGUCAGACCAUUGCCUCCAAGUUACCUUGAUGAACGGUACCUUAGUAUGCCAAAACGCAGAAAAUUUCUGACUGAUAGAGUAGAUGCCUGUUCUGAUCAAGAUAACAUUUAUAAAAAAUCAGUGAAAAGAUUAAGAUGUGGCAAAUGCCUGACCACCUACUGUAAUGCAGAAGCACUUGAGGCUCACCUUGCACAAAAGAAAUGUCAGACACUCUUUGGAUUUGAUUCAGAUGAUGAAAGUGCCUGAUAAAAAUGUUUCAGAAUGAUCUGUCGAUCAAGCAGUAGUGUGAAAAAAGCACUACAAGAAAAUGCAUCAUCAGUUUGCUAUUUCCCUGAUGGCCUUAAUUUUAGAGUGGUCUCGGAUUACUAAAGAUAAAAGACAAAGCACAUUUUCUAGAAUGAACUUGCAGAGGAGAUGUGCUGGCUUAGACUCCAAAAGGGUUAUUAUAAAACUCCCAAAGUACCAGUUAUCCAGAAAACCACAUUUUCAAAAACUUUAUGACAAUUAACAGCAGCAUGUUCGGUUUUGCUUAUGUGAAAACAUGUUUGGGCAACAAAUUGGAGGAAAAAAAAAAAAAACAACUAUGGCCUUACAGAAAAGGAAAA